AUGUGGUAUGAGAGCUCCGUCGUUGUCAGAAUAAGCCUAGCGGGUGGACGACUGCGAGUCCCUUACUUGCGUCUGGCCUCAGCUGGAACCCGCACUGCGCGUGAAGCAAUCUCCCUCGCGGAGCAAGAGCCCCAGCGCUUAUUUAAUUUCGGUGUACCCGGCUCCUUCGGUCCUUCCCCGACGCCCGCUUCAAUAAACUCAGUCUUUAAUGUUUAUUUUUUCCUUCCUGCGUUGGGCCGGUUCGAAGGCCAACGGCCCCUAAUCUCAUUUGCCGCCUACGACUCGGACCCCAUUCUGGGACGCGAGCAAUCGGGAGUGGAUUAUCCCGUCGUUAUCGAGGCGUGCUAUGUCAUUGAUAAUAACAAGAAAGGCUUCAUUUCCUCCACCCGCGACUGUGAAGGGCGUAUGCCUGACAUGACUCGAGUCCUUGUGCCUGGUGAGUACUUCUACGUCGUUACCGACUCGGACAUAAACAAGACGUACGAAGUGGUCGCUUCACUCCAUGAUUGGUGCUUUCCUGGAAGUAUUCCAGCUCGCUGGAUGUCUGCAUUCCGCAGCGCUUCCCCGAAACCGGAAAGAUACACAAACGUCUACAGUACGCCGCGAAUGGCGCAGACAGUGGAGGGACAGGAUCGUGCAUACCUUCUUACCAGGUAUCUCGAAGUACAACACCUCGGAGAGGAUAUCCCUACCAGCAGCAAUGGUUUAGCUCUCCGCAAGGAUAUUUCUCUCGUAUCUGACGCCCACUCUUUCGUGCUCGCCAUCAGGGAUGGUGUUGUCGUCUGGCAUUUUUGGGAUUUUAGCGAACAACUUGCCUACAUCUACCAAAACGUCAUCGUCAAAGUCCCGAGCGAGGUUUCUCCCGAGCUAUUAUACGCGCGCUUUACUCUGGCCACCAUCAAGAAAGCGAGCUUUUAG